AUGUCUGUUCCAUUGACUUUAAGUACACCUAUUUUAUAUAUUGUUUCAAACUUAGGUUCAAAGUGCUAUUCGAAUGUCGACAGAAACUACUAUGACCAAAAGAUACUUAUGCGUAUAAACAACACUUUCUCUGCUGGUUUGCCUAUUGUUCAUUCGAAUGCAGAAUUUUCAACCUUAGUGAACUCAAACACUUUAGCAAACAUAAACUUAACCUUAGUUGACGCAAACUUUGUUCCUGUAAAACUUUUAUGUCCUAUGUAUUUGUCAAUGACGGCAGAAAGUUUCGAAUUGGAAGAUGCAACUGGUGAAAGUAUUGUAUUACAAGAACAACUUCAACAACAAAUAGCUCAAGAACAACAAAUGCAACAAAUAGCUCAAGAACAACAAAGUCAAGAAUAA